CCCCGGUCGCAGAUCGGGCGCGGCAGGGAGAAAGUAGGAUUCAGAAAGCACUUUUCCCACAAAGCGGCUUUGCGGCGGUCGCCGCUCCCUGCCCAGGCCGGCCGGAGUCGGGGAAGCCACAGAGGGCCCUUUAAGGGCGGAGAGGUGCGCUGUCUCUUUAAGGCAGGUCCUAGUGGUUUCUGUUUUCUGAAGGAAGUGACGGGGGGUGGAAUUGAAUGAAAAGUGCAAAACAGAGUCUCGGAGCGCCGGAGUCGGGGACCGCAGGAGCCGCGGAGCUGGGCCGGCGAGCGGGCGGGCCGGGGAGCGCCGUGUCCGGGUGGAAGCCGCCGGGGCGCGCGGCGGAGCACGGCCCACGUGCGUCCCUGCCGCGUCGCGGGUGACCCAGAGGCUGAACAAUCCGGGGGAGCCGCUCCGGGCGCCCCGAACUAGCCACCAAGUUCGAGCGAAGUUUGGCAGCACCGCCCCCUGCCCCCACGCGGCGCGCCGGGGCCGCGGAGGGCGGCGGCGGCCCCCGGGGAUGCGCCCUCCCGGCCGCCCUGGGCUCCCCACGGCGCCCCCGGCGCUGCUGCUGCUGCUGCCGCCGCUGCUAGUGCCGCUGCUGGGGGCGCUGCGCGGCGUGGACGCGGGAGCGGCCGCACCGUCAGAGCUGCGGGUCCGCGUGCGGUUGCCCGACGGCCAGGUGACCGAGGAGAGCCUGCAGGCGGACAGCGACGCCGACAGCAUCGGCCUCGAGCUGCGCAAGCCCGACGGCACCCUCGUCUCCUUCACCGCGGACUUCAAGAAGGAUGUGAAGAUCUUCCGGGCCCUGAUCCUGGGGGAGCUGGAGAAGGGGCAGAGUCAGUUCCAGGCCCUCUGCUUUGUCACCCGGCUGCACCACAAUGAGAUCAUCCCCAGUGAGGCCAUGGCCAAGCUCCGGCAGAAAAACCCCCGGGCUGUGCGGCAGGCCGAGGAGGUGCGGGUCCCGGAGCAGCUGCACAUGGACAUGGCUGUCAACUUCAGCCAGGGGGGCCUGCUGAGCCCCCAUCUCCGCAACGUGUGUGCCGAGGCCGUGGAUGCCAUCUACACCCGCCAGGAGGACGUCCGGUUCUGGCUGGAGCAAGGUGUGGACGGCUCGGUGUUUGAGGCUCUGCCCAAGGCCUCAGAACAGACGGAGGUGCCUCGCUGCGGGCAGGUGGGGGACCGCGGAAAGCCCUGUGCUUGCCACUACGGCCUGAGCCUGGCCUGGUACCCCUGCAUGCUCAAGUACUGCCACAGCCGCGACCGGCCUGCGCCCUACAAGUGCGGCAUCCGCAGCUGCCAGAAGAGCUACAGCUUCCACUUCUACGUGCCCCAGAGGCAGCUGUGUCUCUGGGAUGAGGACCCAUAGCCGACAUGGGUGGGGGGUGGGCCCGAGCUGACUGCUGUGGGCUCACCACUCCUCCCCCAGCACUAGAGGGGGUAGCAACCCCCAAAUGAGGCCUUAUUCCCCUCCCUUCCCACUCCCCUAAUCCGGGAGCCUCUGGCCCCAUCACUCAUGACUGUGAAAAAGGGGUGUGGCAUGGCAGGGGUUAAAAUAUGAAGGCAGCCCCCCCCCCCAAUCGCACCCCUGUGCCUUCCUUGGGGACAGGGAGGGAGAAGGGGGUUUCCCAAACUGCAUCCCUCCCCUCCCUCAUCUUCUCUGAAGUGUUCACUUUCAAGCAAGCAAAAUGUGAUGGCCUCUGCUUCUUUUAUUUAACUCUUUCAUGGUUUAGACCCUAAAAGGAGGCUGUGCCUGUUGUACCCACCUCCCCACGCACAGCUCCCCGCCCCCCCUCAAAAAACACAGAAGGAGCUGCACCUUUCUACUCCCCAACAAUGAGGGGCUCAUUACCCCCAAAGCGGGGCUGUUGGGGACAGAUGCCACAGCCCCCAUUCCGGAUGACAAAGCCUUCUCCUUGCUGGCCUCUAGGGCUGCCAGGCAGGGCGGGGUGGAGACCUCCCACCGCCGAGACAGACCACGUGCCUUUCCCCUAGACCUGGACUUGGCCGCCAGAGCAGGCGCCGGCUCUUGCCCCCUCGAAACAGAAAUAUUUUUGUAGGGUUCCGAAGCAGGAGCAUGAAGUACGAGGAAAACUUGAAUUCCAGAUUUUUAAUGCAAAGUAUUUAUCGUUUGUACCAGAAAUAAAAGUUUUUACUUGA